AUGCCCGUAUUCACUGAACAUGCCGCCGCCUCGCGCGACCUGCGCGUUCUCCCUUCAUUCGCUCCUCCAUUGCCGCGCUUCGCCCCAACACUAUCACCACCCACGUCAGAAAAAUAUGAAGUGGUGAUUGUGGGAGCCGGGCCAGCAGGCCUAAUGCUAGAACUGCUGUUGGCACGAUACGGAUUAAGUGACGACUCAUUGCUAUGCGUCGACACGAAAUCAACAGCACUGAAAUCCGGCCAAGCCGAUGGACUCCAGCCUCGUACACUGGAGACCUUGAAGUCUCUAGGGCUGGCAGAUGAAAUUCUCUCCGAGGGAUGUCAGAUGUGGCAGGUUGCAUUUUGGAAUCCAUCGGAAGACGAGGAAAAGAUCAUCGAGCGCACAUCGAUCGUGCCGGAUGUUGCUGUUCCAGCGCGAUACCCCCAUGAAGUCACUAUUCACCAGGGUCGUAUCGAGCGAAUCCUAGAGACUGAUUUGCUGCGGUACUCCAAGCGCGGUGUACAGCGCAACACUAAGCUGAUUGAUGUCAAAAUUGACGAAGCGGGUGACGCAGAGUACCCAGUUGUGGCUGAAAUUGAGACAGAAGGACAGAAGCGCACUGUGCGAACGAAGUUUCUAGUAGGCGCUGAUGGAGCACACUCUAUAGUCCGCCGCAACAUGGGGCUCAAACUCGAAGGUGAAUCGAGUGAUCAUAUCUGGGGCGUUGUCGACUUGGUUGUCGAUACUGAUUUCCCCGAUAUCAGACGUAGAUGUGCCAUCCAUUCACCGGCUGGUUCUGUGAUGGUCAUACCUCGCGAACGCAUUUCUACGGGGGAUUAUUUAACGCGGCUUUAUGUCCAGGUACCUGGUGAUGUGAUUCCUAGCGAAGAUCAGCAACCAGACAAUGGGACAGGUAAGCCUCCUGUUGUGGAUGCACGGGCACGCCGAAGCCAAGUCACCGAGAAAACAAUUUUCGAUAACGCUGCCGCCGCGUUCAAGCCGUAUUAUAUUCGGCCCAAGAAAGAUGGAGCUGUGGAUUGGUGGGCGGCUUACCAGAUUGGCCAGCGUGUUACAGAUAAAUUUUCUGUCAAGGAUUCCAAUGGUGUCAACCGGGUGUUCAUCGUGGGGGAUGCUUGCCAUACUCAUAGCCCGAAGGCUGGUCAAGGAAUGAAUGUAUCCAUGAUGGACUCCUACAAUUUGUCUUGGAAGCUCGCAUAUUUCAUCAAUGGACUCGCGCCCGAAAAUCUGGCCAAUAAAAUUCUCGACACAUAUCACAUUGAGCGACACACGAUCGCGCAGCAGCUAAUCGAGUUCGACAAAGCAUUUUCAUCUAUGUUUUCAGGCAAGAUUGGUGCGUCAGAAGACGGUGUCAGCUCACUUACCCACGACGAGUUCUUGGAAGUGUUCAAUCGUGGCAAUGGUUUCACAAGUGGUUGUGGUGUCGAAUAUCCAGACAGCAUGACUGUGAACCGGUCUUUCAAUGGAAGAGAGGACCCCAUCCACGGCACAGACUAUCUUGCUGGUAUUCUCCACCCAGGAAGGCGUUUACUGAAUGUCCGUCUGGUUCGCCAUGCCGAUGGAUACCGACGCGAUCUACAAGAUGAUUUUGCAUCAACUGGUCGCUUCCGCAUCCUCUGCCUCACAUCUUCAGACCUAUUAGACCCAGCUGGCAUCUCCGCCCAAGCUCUCAAAACCCUUAGUGCGAUCAUCGCACGAUUCCCGAAGUCUAUACUAGAGCAGGUGGUUAUCCACCCACGUUUGUCUAGAGACUUCAUGUGGGUGGAUGUUCCCUCCCCAGUGAAGGAGCACUCAGAGAUGUCUUUCUAUAGUGGAUAUGAGAUUGAUCAAGUCUACAGCAUCUAUGGAGUUGAUCCGGAGAAGGGCGCUCUAGCGAUUGUACGACCCGACGGAUACGUUGGUGUUAUUGCAUCCUUGACAGAUGUUGGUCGCGCUGAGCACUACCUCGAGGGCCUAAUCAGGACAGUGUAG